AUGUCAAUGUCAAAGACACAAGAGGAGAGCUUUGAUCUCCAUGAAGAUGUUAUAGUGAAAAUUCUUUGCCGGUUGCCGGUCAAGUCCUUGAUCCGGUUCACUUGUGUGUCGAAACGAUGGCGUUCUAUUAUCAUUUCUGAUCCUCAAUUUGGCAAGUCUCACCUUCAACUAGCAUCACAGAAGGGAACCCUCCGUCGAAAACUCCUCAUCUCCACCUACCCUACAGUUAAAACCGUAGAAGGUCAAAUUCCCGAUAGUUUUGAAGAUAACAUGCCCUGGUUGCCCUCUCAAUUUCAAUCCUUCCAAGGUUAUUCUUCAGUCAAUAAUCUCACCUUCCCAUCGGUGGAGAAGAGCCAACGAGUACUGGCCUCGUGCAAUGGUUUGGUACUUCUAGGCGAAUCCUAUAAAAGUUCUUUUAAGAACUUGUCUAUCUGGAAUCCAUCAACUGGAUUUUUCCGCAAAAUACCUAGUCCAAGUUUUGGGCGUGACAUGAAAAAAUCAACAGAGAAGAAAAAGAACCGUAGCUUUUUAUAUCAUGGUUUUGGUCAAGUUUCAGCCUCUGACGACUACAAGCUUGUUUUCAUAAAACCUGCCCUUGGUGAUUUUGUGGAUGUUCAUGUCUUCUCACUCAGAGCCAACGUUUGGAAAGUUAUUAAAGCUCCCUCUUCAUUGACCGGCUCGAUUGACGGACAGGGGACUCUUUCAAAUGGAGCGAUUCAUUGGGUCAACUAUCCCAUAGAUGGUAAAAUGGAUCGAACUUUGUUUGACCCAACUAUGGUUGCUUUUAAUUUAGCAGAGGAGGAGUUCCGGCAAGUGCCAUUGCCUGUUCUCAACCAAAAUGAAGGUGGCAUGUAUCUGAAUCUGAGACAUGUAAGAAUUCAGAUUCUUUUAGGAGGAUGCCUUUGUGUAUGGUCUCGGGAUCUUUAUGCGAAUAGUGAAUUUUGGGUGAUGAGAGAGUAUGGUGUGCCUGAAUCUUGGGUUAAACUCAUUCAAUUUGGUCGACUUGAUUCACCAGCUGAGUUCACUAGCUGGGAUCCUAGUUACGUUACAGAAGGCGGUAUUGUUAUGAUCAAACUGCCUGACAAGAAGGAGUUGGUCUGGAUUGAAUGCCAUCAAGGAGAGAGUCCAGUCUGCAGCGCCCACUAUAGACUUGAGGAGGUGCCUGGGUGUACGAUAUUUGACGCGACUGUAUAUGAUGAAACUUUAGUUUCGGUACCUGAAUGA